AUGCGCAUGUGCGGUACCUGGAAUGACAUUUCCUUUGCACUCAUAAUCCUGUUCUGUAUCGUCGGUCUGGGCUACUCCGACAUAGCUCCCGCAUGGCGGUUCAUGGACGGCAGAGACGAAGGACUAUCGCAACUGGCCUGGGCCUAUCUGCUGGCAGCUGUUAUGACCAUGACGGCAUUCGUCUUCGAGCUGACGACGGUGCUGGUUGAGUAUAGUCCUGCGGUCCUGAAGAGUUUGGGGCCGGGCUCCAGCGGAAUCCACUGCCAAGAUAACAAAGUGAUGAUGAUGGUAUACGCCAUGCUGUCACUCUCCUACUUCAAGAUGGCGCUGAAGCCGAGCGAGUGGGUACACACAGAUCCCUUAGCUGCGGGUGGACCGCGUCCAGUCUUUACCCUUCGCUAUGUCGAGUGGGGAGUUUGCAUGUCACUUCUUCUGGCUCUCUCCUGCGAUCCGGCUUCAGAUGGAGGUGACGACGACAUGGUCAUCGAGCCCCCGGCAGCCCGAGAGCGCAGCGUUUUUGUGCAGCAGGUGCACAUGAUAGCAAACAUUCCGGUCGUGGUUGGCAACCGAAUUUCCAGCAUGCUGGUGCAAUGCUAUAUCUACUGGGAUCGGGAUGGCGGCGACGAAUGGGGCGCUCUCGUGCUCUUCCAGAUAUUUCUGGCGGGGUUUUAUGGCGUCAUCUACCUCGGUGCAGAACUGAACCUCUACUCGUGGCAGACAGAGCAGCUUGCCUACACCUUCUCAGACGUGGGCGCCAAGUUCUUGCAUUCUAGCUUCCUCAUGAGCUUGCAUCGGCAGCGGAACCUUCUGCGGCUGAGCCAACUCAGAAGGGCAGCCUACACUGCGGCUGCAGACCUUCAGCGGACGAUUCGGCAAGCGAGCGUGCCGAUCUUCACGGUGAAUAUGGACCAGAAGGUCCAGGACUGGAACCUGAAGAUCGAGGAGGUCACAGGCAUUCUCCGGACAGAAGCCGUGGGCCACGCGCUCUCGGACUUGGCCUCGGGAGACGAGUUGGACUCCUGGUGGUCAGCUGCCGGCCUUUGCCUGAGCUCUGUCUCCUCCCAGACGGGGGAGUCUCUGAGCUCCGCUGCUGCCGCUGCUUUGCAGCUCCGCCAUCUGCUGAGGAUGACAUUCAAUGCGAGCGACCAUCUUACCUAUCCCGCGGGAACCGUCAUGGCAGUGUCUGCAACAGUCCUACGUGGUGGCUCCGGUGAAGUUAAGGGUGCGGUGUGCAUCGGGCAAGAUAUUUCUGCCAUCACUGCAGAGAAGAACAGAGCACAAUCCGUCGCAGAUGGUCUGACGCGCCACCUGGCAUGCUUACUCGGAGCUGCAUUCUCUUUGAUGGGGGCCAUCAGCCAUAAUAGAAGUCUUUCCGUUCCAGAGAAGCCUGACCGGGACCGGCUUGAUCGAUUCGGUGACUUGGCUGAUCUACGCCUCGAAGCCUCCAGGUUUCUCUGCCCAUGUCUUUGGAAGGCGAACACCCCCAUCUUUCAAGUGGACCUCUCGGACAACAUCGUGGUCUGGAACAACUGGCUCGUGAGAACCACCGGCUUGGACAGGCCAUCGGUCCUGGGAAAGCACAUCUCCACGGUGCUGAGCCCUGGCUCCAAGAAGAAGUUCCAGGAUGCUUGCAAGAAAGUUCUGGGCUCCUGCGACGCGGAUCUCUUUGAGAUCAACUUGGUGAACACAGAAGACCAGACGCUCGGUCAAGCUUGGAGAAGUUCUCCAUCUUCCGUUUGUCCUGUGCUCUUCAUCUUCUGUAAGAAGUCGUUGCGGUAUGAAAAGUCUAUCUCACGGCAAGCGCGAAACGCAGAUCUGAGGAAGAGAACUUUGCUCCUUACAGCCACCCCAUGUGUGUCCCUGUCGGGCCAGAUCAACGGCGCCAUCUGCAUCGGUCAAGACAUCACAAGACUCAAGGACCUGGAUGAGCGGAAAGCAUCGAUGAUGGCCAUGGUUUCCCAUGAGCUCAAGAGCCCUCUGCAUGGAAUCAUCGGCCUCUGCAGUUCCCUUCUGGAUGGCAAUGCCGCCCCGGAAGAAGGGCAGGUUCCGAGGUCUUUAGAAAUGGUCUACAACUGCGCGACCCGCUUGUUGGACAUGGUGGCCAACAUCAUGGACACGUCGGUGCUUGUGAACAACAAGAAGAUGCGAAUGUCGAGGGAUCCGGUACAGGUCAAGGACAUCAUUGACGAAGUCAUCACUCUGUGCCGCAAAGCUUGCAACGGCAAAGACAGAGGACUAUUGCUCAGACCAGGUGUUCAACUCAUCAACAACAUCCAAGACCCCCUGCCAAUGAUCGAAGCCGAUGCUUACCGCUGCACGCAGCUCUUGUACAACUUGAUCACAAACGCGAUCAAGUUCACUCACGAGGGCUCUGUGGUGGUCUCAGCUGGCUACGACGACGCGGAGCAGCGCGUCUUCGUCGAAAUCGAAGACACAGGCCGGGCCGGGGCAUUUCUCCUGAGGCCCCUGCGCUUCGUGUUUUUUGGGAAAGGGUGCAGAGAAAGAGGCUCCCGAGCACUCGGAAGCCAAAUUGCAGAGCAGGAGAGAGCCCAAGAAGAGCUCGCGGUCACAUCGUGCGUGUUUUUUGACCCCUGGCCAAGGCAAGCUAGUGACUGA